GCGGAUGUGCGUUCAUCCUACAACUCCCGCCAUGCCCCGCGCUGCAGUGCCAGCUGGCCGGAAGUGUGAGUGUCCUGGAGUCGUUCCUCGUGUUCCCGGUGCCGGUGUGCGGUCAUGGAGAGCCCCGAGGUUACCUUCACUCUGGCCUACCUGGUGUUCGCCGUGUGCUUUGUGUUCACCCCCAAUGAGUUCCAGUCUAUGGGACUGACCGUGCAGAACCUGCUGUCCGGCUGGCUGGGCAGUGAGGACAUGUUCUUCAUCCAUUACCAUAUCAGGAGGAGCACUGCCACCAUGCUGGCACACUCCUUCAUCCCACUGGGUGAGUGCACGGGCACCACCACCAUGGGCACCACCACCAUGGGCACCACCACCAUGGGCAGCACCACCAUGGGCAGCACCAGCACCAUGGGCACCAGCACCAUGGGCAGCACCACCAUGGGCAGCACCACCAUGGGCAGCACCACCAUGGGCAGCACCAGCACCAUGGGCAGCACCACCAUGGGCAGCAGCCAUGGGAUAGACUUUCUGGCCACCCCUAUACCUGUCCUGGCAGUGCACAUUGGGAAUGGGUGGUGGCAUGGCACCUGGAAAUUGACAGAACUGUCUAAAUAAUAACAGUCUAAAGAGGAAGAGUCUAAAUAAUAACAGCCUAAAGAGGAACUGUCUAAAUAAUAGUCUAAAGAGGAACUGUCUAAAUAAUAGUCUAAAGAGGAACUGUCUAAAUAAUAACAGUCUAAACAAUAACUGUCUAAUAACUGCCUAAAGAGGAACCUGUCUAAAGAGGACCAGUCUAAACAAUGACUGUCUAAAGAGGACCAGUCUAAACAAUGACUGUCUAAAGAGGACCAGUCUAAACAAUGACUGUCUAAAGAGGAACAGUCUAAACAAUGACUGUCUAAAGAGGAACAGUCUAAACAAUGACUGUCUAAAGAGGAACUGUCUAAAUAAUGACUGUCUAAAGAGGACCAGUCUAAACAAUGACUGUCUAAAGAGGACCAGUCUAAACAAUGACUGUCUAAAGAGGACCAGUCUAAACAAUGACUGUCUAAAGAGGAACAGUCUAAACAAUGACUGUCUAAAGAGGAACAGUCUAAACAAUGACUGUCUAAAGAGGAACAGUCUAAACAAUGACUGUCUAAAGAGGAACAGUUUAAACAAUGACUGUCUAAAGAGGAACUGUCUAAAUAAUAACAGUCUAAAUAAUAACAGUCUAAAGAGGAAGAGUCUAAACAAUAACUGUCUAAUAACUGCCUAAAGAGGCAAAGUCUAAACCGUAACUGCCUAAAUAAUAACAGUCUAAACAGUAACUGUCUAACUAGUAGCAGUCCAACUAGUAGUUGUCUAAAUAAUAACAGGGGCUCAAUGUCAUCUCUUCACAAGAGCACAGCAAGGCUUAUACUUUAAUUUACUGAGUGGGAACCAAGAAAGAGUUGGGAACAAACUGUGGUAAACAUAGAUUUGCCCUCUUUUACCUGAUCUAUUGAGUUUCCAACUUUUUAGUCCUGUAAUUCUUAUAAGAAUGCUUCCACCCUCAUAACACUGUGAAAGGGCUAUUCCAAGCUCCAUUGGCCAUUCAUUUCACUGGUUUGAAGUGGUCAUGGUGCUAAGGAAACUGCUGCGCAAGUCCUCUCCUCAGCCUUCCCCCUCUGACAUCUGUCACCUACUAAAGAGGGGGAGUGAUGUCAGUGGAGGAGGAUCAGAUUGAGGGAGCUUUUACUCAGUGCUGGAAAAGGUGAGUUUUUUUGUUUUUUUUUUGUUUUGUUUUUUUAUGGGGAGGACCAGGUUCCUAUACUUGACACACACUGCUAGCAGCAGUUUCUCGCUGUCUUUGUUAGGGUUUGGAGAGCUCAUGGUUUUGUGUCCUACUAUCGAUUGGUUCAUGAUAUGCUGUAGCAGUCCAUAAAAGGGUAGUUCCUACUAAAAAUUUUGACAGUUUAGUGGUUCAUCCAAAAAAAAAAAAUCAAGGAAAGUCAAAACGUGAAUAAUAUACUCACUAAAUUAUCUCAUGGCUGCAUAGAGCUGUUCAACUUAACCUGCCUGCUGCUGCGAUUGCUCUGUGUGAACCUGCAGUAGUAGGCCAGUUAGAUUGGGUAGCAGCUGAUCAGAUAACUGUACACUGACCAUAAAUGGCUGUGCAGUUAGAUUAAAAUAUGUUACAUUUUUGCAAACAUAUAUACACACCUCAUCAUAAAUUGCUUUACGUGUAAUAAAUGUAAAAAAAGAAGACAUUAAACAUUUGAUGUCAGUUGUCCUUUUAGGGGUUAAUAGUUACUUUGGUGGAAAAAAAAACAGCAAAUCAGAUGCUUGUCUAACUGUUCUGUCUUUCAUUUCAAUUUCGAGGAUUGUCAUAGAACCAGAGUCAAAACAUUCCUAAACCACAUUUCUGAUCAAUUGACAUUUAUUUAUUUUUUUAGGCUACCCGUCAUAAUGCCAAUAAGUAGAGCUUCCAUGGGAUUGAUAUAAAACUCAAAUUUGUAUUAAAAUUUUCAAGAGAAUUUCCUAUUUACCCUGUUGAAUCCUUUUGGUUUUGUUUUUUCACACAGGGUACUACAUAGGGAUGUGUAAAGCUGCUCCUGAACGAGAACUGUACAAUUUGUACACAGCCAGUGCCUCUGUGAAGGUGUUGGCUUUUUUUGCCAUCAUUGUACCCACCAUUGCUAGCAUCUUUGCUUUCUACUGGUCACGGAAGCUGUGGAGCCACCACCCAAUUGCCAAGACUCUUGCCCACUAUUCACUUCCUCAGAGCAGCUGGAGAGCCGUUGCGUCUUCAAUCAAUACAGAGUUCAGAAGAAUUGACAAGUUUGCAACAGGGGCUCCUGGAGCCAGAGUGAUUGUAACAGACACAUGGGUAAUGAAAGUGACCACUUAUACAGUGCACGUGGCCCAGCAACAAGAUAUACAUUUGACAGUGAUUGACACAAGGCUACAUGAACUCCCUUUGGAGAACAGCACCCCAACACAGUUUAUCACAAUAACAGUUGCCAGUGUUAAUCCAAACAUUUCAGCUUUUAAUAUCAGGUAAAUAUAAUCUGACUUUCAGGUUAUCCUUCUCUCCCUUCAUCUAAGUGGAGUUAUUUUUUUACAUUUAAACACUUUUUAAAAACAAUAUUUUUUUUUUAUAGAGCAGGUACCUGUCUUUUCUACAGGUUCAUGAAAUUCUUUUAGUGGACGAAUUUAGAAAAAGAGAUACUUCUACUGGAAUAUUAUAAAUUAUGUAUUAUCUUAUUUUUAUGUUUAUAUAUUUAUGUGCCUUCAUUUAUUUUAAAAGUACCAUGAUGUAGUAAGCAAUAGUAAUAUUUGUUGUUGUGUUUUUCUGUGUGUCAUUUUAAAAUGACAAUCUGAACACUAUGAUCACUGCAGAUUAUGGUGUAACCCUGUCCAUCUACUUUCACCGUUUAAAAUUAUCUUGUGUACAAAUAUUCUAAAACAGUAGGUGCUCCUGCUCCACUCCCCAACUUUGAUGUGAUUUGAGGAAUCUUUGCUUUCGCAUUUGGCCAAUCAAAUAUUUGUAUCUUAAAGACUGGUGGGUAGUAAAAUGAUUAUGAACAUAAUUCAGGUAAUCAUUCGCCUUAAUGCUAAUCUCAUUAAUUGUACGUUGCAUUGCUUUGCGUAUAGUUUUAUUUAUAAUUAUUUUGCCUGUCAGUUACUGUUCCAUUUCCCCACUGUAUAACUGUAAAGAGCUGAACAAUAUGUUGUGAAUAUAUAUCGGCUUAUACUAUAAUAAUAAUAUUAUGCUAUAGUGAUGUAUGAUAUGACAAAAGAACCUUGUGAGCUGUGAUAUCAGUGGUGGUAAUGGCUUGGUUGGUAAUGUUCAUUGUUGCUCAUUCCUUUCCAGAUUGAAUUCUUCAGAAUAUGGGGAAUUGAAGGAGAAGGUUCGUGCCCCAAUCCGCAACGCAGCAAAUGUAGUCAUCCAUCAGACCCUCAGUGAUCUCUUUCUGGAAACAUUUAGAUCUGAAAUUGAAAAAAAUGGAUUUUACCAUCUUCCCAGUGAGCAGGUAAACCAUAAACACAAUGCCCCUGUCAUAAACUAUCACCAGAAACAGGCUACCCAGCAAUUGAUUUUGCCCUCUAUUCAAGCUAUUGUAUAUUUAGUCUUAUUUACCACUUGAAAGUAUGAUUUUAUAUAUGUUCCAUAAUGCUGUAAAUGUAAACCUACCAUUGGAUUUUAUGAAGAUUUUACUAAGGAAGCCGUGCCUAUAUCUAGAUCUUUAAUUUGUUUUGGGAAUGUCAUACUAACUUCAUUAGGUACUGUGUCCCCAAUGAUAAACCUCUCAAUCCUGGACUAAAUAAUAAUGACUGACCAUUUAUAACGCACGCUUUCAUCUUCCUAGGAGCUGGAACCCUGCAUAGGCUGCAUGCAGACAAAUGCCAACAUUAAGCUUAUGAAGCGCUGUAACGCAUUUAAUGAAGGCGAGUGCCAACAGUGUUAUUGUCGGCCUAUGUGGUGCCUGACCUGUAUGGGGAAGUGGUUUGCAAGCCGUCAGGAUCAGAUUCAUCCAGAGACUUGGCUCUCCAGCUGUGCGCCAUGUCCAACUUGCCGGGCAAAGUUUUGCAUCGUAGAUGUGUGCAGAACACAGUGAUUACAGGUCUCGGCCCUCCAUAUCUCAAUAAUAUAAAAUGGUUUGUAGUAUAACCAAAAAAGUUUUCUUGUUUUGUUUUAUUUAUUUUUUUUGCAAAACCUCCAAAUGAAUACACGGGCUUAACUUGAAUAUUUAUUUUCCUUAAAGGAAAUCUUUAAGUAAAAGCUGAUUUCUACGAGUUUUGUAACAUUUUAUCUUGAGAGAUUGAGACAUACACACGUGUUAUUUUUCAAGUUGGACAGGAGGAUUAAUUUUCCGAUUCACUUUUAACUCCUUGUCCUGAUAUAUUUUAAAGGUUCGAAUACCACGUGAGAGAAGAAGUGUAAUGGAAAAAAUGCUUUCCUCUACCUUAGAUUUAUGAAACUGUAUGAUGACUUCUAUAUUCUAAAUUAUUUAAAAAUAUGGAAGAUUAUGUGUUAUGUGGGUUUGUUUGUAUAUGUGCAUAAUUAUGUGUGUUGUGUGUUUUUUGUAUAGGAGAAACUGGUGUUUUAAGAGAGUUACAUUUUACAAUAUGUAGAACCAUUUGGCUGUAGCAAAGAUAUCAUUAAUUGAUUUACCCUCAAGAUAAGAACCAACGCUUUAAAGAAAUGUGAUGGUUCGUGUAAACAUGGAGUUUUAAUGUUAAUUCCAAAAUAGCAGAGUUGGAAUUAAUCUCUAACUCUAAAGAGUUGUUUUUUUUGUUUUUUUGUUUUUUUUACCACCUUGGCCAUUUUGCUCUAAUUAACCAGGUGAUUUUACAUCAAUUUAACAUGUAAACACAUAAUGUUAAAGUGUACUCACCAUGCCUGUAACAACCUAUUCUCUUUAAGAUGAGCAUCAAAUUGUAUCUUUACAUUGUGCUAUCAGAUUUGCUAGUAACUGUAUAGAUUGGGAGAUAACCCUGUUUAAAAUUAGGCCUUCCUCCCACCUGUCAAUGAAGAAUUGACUGAAAAGAAAGCGCAGAACAGACACUCCAUCUGCUCUCCAAAAACAAAUACCCUGCAGUUGCAGUGGUAACCCCCUAGUCACGGCUAGUGCUGGCUAAGGCAGAGCCGGAUUUCCGACAUGGCCUCAGGGUGGUAAGCGUAGGAAGGGUGGCACGUCUGGUGGGGAUGUCCAAGAUCUUCCUUACCUGACAGCUCAUUCUCAUACCGUGGGGGCAGCCGUGGUCUGGCCAUUGGGAAAAUUGGAAUGUCAAGGGGUGUGGCUCCCAUGGCAAUGCUUUAAUACAUUCGCUGCCCAGAAGGAACGGUCCGUAACGCCCGCUUUUCAAACUAGGGAUCAGUAUUCUCCAGCCCAAGGUAAGCCUCCGGUAGAGGGGAUUAAACUUUAGUUUAUUUUAUGUUAUUAAAAAAAUGUGUGGUGAUAGGUUUUUUUUUUUUGUUUUUUUUUUAAAUAUAUAUACUUGCCACUAUCUCUCCUCCCCCCCCCUCCACACACAAGCAACAGUCCCUAACUACCCCUGCAAUCCAUGCAACAGUCCUGAUCACCACAAAAUAUACACUAUAACCCCUGUACAUGUACAUUGCAGCCUUUAUUCUCCCUGCACACACAUAUAUUACAGCCUCAAUUUCCUCUUAAUCGCACACUAUAGUCUUGAUCUCCCAAGCAUGCUCUAUAGCACCUAUCCCACUAAACACACACACAUACUGCAAUCUCUAUCAGCCCCUAUUUAUAUGACACACAUACUACACUGCAAACAGCCGCGUCCACACACUCGCAAGCCCCCAACAGCCUGCACGGGCAAUCCUACAAACACUCUCACACCAGCAACCAGAUAAGCAUCAUUUCUCCCACACAUGCAAGCCUAGAAGCAGUCUUCCCAUGUCCAUAACACAACAAGCAACACCAAAAGUAGCCUACCCUCACAAGUUCAACACAACAAACGGCCACCCCCAAAGCAGCCACCACACACUUACACACUGUCUCCCAGCCGUGACCCACUUACCAUUCAACCACCCACCUAGUCACAUUCACCAUUCAACCAUAUCCCAAACUAGUCACAUUCACCCAUCCAAUCACGAAAACUUUUUGUGUGUGUGUUGUCAGCUGGCUUAUGCACCAGGCAAUACCUAAGGAGUAUGUGAGUGCAAGGACAAAUUUAG